AUGACUGGGUUGUCGGAUUCUUUCGAGACGAGGAUUGCGGCUCGCCGUGCGUUGGGAGGGUCUGGUGCUGUGGGAGCAGCGGCGGUGAUACUUCAGGAUGCUACUGUGCAAAUUCGGGAGGAGGGGAAAGAGGACCAGUUGGUCCGUCGUCGCAGGUUAAAAGGCACCGAGAUGGAGGAGACUGCCGAGGCCGAUUUCAAAACGCUGAGCAAGCCGGCGACUCAUUUUGGGUCUAGGGACGAAGGUAGUGGUGGUGUCUUUGAGAUGCUACUGGGUGCUAAGAAGGAUGAGAUACUUCGAGAGGCAGUAUGGGUAGUUUGCAACCUAUGCGCGGGUGGUACGCCGGCCCAGGUCCGCUAUGUUGUUGAGCACUACAAGGGCAUUACGGCGACAUGUACAGUGCUGGACGUGAGGGAUUCUAGGAUGGUCCAAGUGGUGUUGGAGGCCAUCGAGGGCAUUUUAAAGGUGGGAUGCGAAGUCCAGGAGGAGACGGGAGAGAGCACAAACCGAUACCUAGAAAUGUUGGAGGAGUGUGGAGGCUUGAGUAGGAUAGAGGAACUGCAAAAAAACGGCAGUAAGGGAGUGUAUGAGAGGGCGGCCAGCAUUCUCGAGGGGCUGGCGGGGGUCGACUGGGAGGUUGAGUUGUUCAUGGCCGGUAGGAGACUCGUUGACUGCAGCUUGAAGGACCUUCUUGGUGACCAACAGAUCGCUUGGUGGCUGGUCGGCUAUGGUUGUGAUUCCUACAUCACUGGCUGUGGUGACACUAUUGGUGAUGGGGAUAGGAGCAGUGUAGGAUGGAGUGUCUAUGGUGACGGUCUGUGUGACGGCUUUGUAGAACCCCUUGACCCUGCUCACAAAUUACUGUUCCCUGGGCUUCAGCGGAAAACUGAUGGAGAUAUUGUGGCUUGGGAGAGGCGUGUUGAGACGCCUGAAAUUGAGGAUACGGGACAGCGGCCGGAGGGUUCGUGGGGAGGAGGACGGCUGGGGUCUGUUACUCCGCGUAACCCAUUGGAGUCUGGCUCUAAGGUGAAGAUGAGCAUAGGCUCGUCGGGGACGACUAAGGCCAGUUUGAAGGAAGGUGCCCCGAUGGAAACACCGGAUGCUACUCCUAUGAAGUGGGCCGACACGGUUGGGUUGGGGGAGAAGGUCCUAGGGGCAAGGCUAGGGCCGGUCCUAGGCACCUUCCUGCAUGUGGAGUAUCCUACAGCGGAGGAAGAGUUGUCGGAGGACGAACGGCCCGGGGCAUCUCGACAGGGCAGUAUCGAGGCCUCGGUGCUGAGCGGGUCGGAGGAGUUAUCAGUAGCGAAAGCUGGGGACAGUAGUGACUCCCGGGAGGCUGAUGUGGGCAGGAGAAGAAGGCGGUUCCGAAGGCGACGGAGCAUCAGUGAUGCAGACCUUACGUACACAGCGUAUUUGGCUGAGCUGGCCAUGGACCAGGAUGGAGGCGGCUCGCUGGAGUCUGAUGAUAUGCUAUCGAGUGAUGCUAGAGAGGCGCAUACGCUCCCUCCGGGAGAUAGCUGCAGCGAGGUGGACGACGCUGCGGCACUUGGAAGUCAAGAGCGUGCUCGGGAUGGCCAAGCUAAUCGUUCUGUUGUAGCUGUGCCAGAGAGGCGAUUGAAUCCAGACGCUCCUGAGUUCAUACCGCAAUACCUCAGUCGGUCAUGGCUCUCCAUGAAGGGUCCACCUCCGGGCAUCGGCCAGCGGAGGACGGGUGGCUUGUGGGAACCUCGAGUGUUUCGGUAA